AUGGAAGCCGGGCCUCCGCCCGUGGAGGAGCGGCGGCGGCUGCGGGCGGAGCUGGGCGAGUUCGUGGAGAGCUGCUGCCGCACGCUGGAGGAGGUGACGGCGUCCCUGGGCUGGAGCCUGGACCAGCUGGACCCCGGGCCAGAGGCGGCGGCCGAGGAUGAAAUUGUCAUAUGCCCUUAUGACUCCCACCAUCACAUGCCUAAGUCAUCUUUAGCAAAGCACAUGGAGUCUUGUAGACUGAGGAAACUGGGCUGUACCGCAGAGGAAGAGAAUGAAAUGUGUAAUCCUGAGUUUUUCUAUGAGAAUGUGAAGGUUCCUUCAAUUACUUUGGAUAAGGAUUUACAAUUCCAGAUAAUUCAGCAAGCUAGAACUGCAGCUGGAAAAGAUGGUGAUUGUUACAAUCAAAGAAUGUAUUCUUCAGUGCCUGUCGAGGUUCCUCUGAAUCACAAACAGUGUGUCUGUGACCUCACCCAAGCGGAUCGUCUUGCCCUUUAUGAUUUUGUCAUUGAGGAGACGAAGAAAAGGCGCUCUGGUUCCCAGGUCAUUGAAAAUGACAGUGAUCUCUUUGUAGACUUGGCUGCCAAAGUCAACAAAGAUAAUAGCCGAAAAAGUCCAAAAUCAUAUCUAGAAAUCCUUGCAGAAGUGAGAGAUUAUAAAAGGAGACGCCAGUCCUACAGAGCUAAGAAUGUUCACAUAACCAAGAAGUCAUAUACUGAGGUGAUUCGGGAUGUGAUCAAAGUACAUAUGGAAGAGCUCAGUGAGCAUUGGCAGGACGAGCGGGACAGAGCAGAGGACGACGCAGGAAAGAAUGAAGAAAGGCGAUCAGUUUCAGUAGAUUCACGACAGUCUGGUGGAAGCCAUUUGGAUGCACAGAGCUCACGGCACAGAAGGGAUCGGAGCAGGAGCCCACAUAAACGAAAAAGAAAUAAAGACAAGGAUAAAAACUUGGAGUCGAGGAGAAGGAAAGAGAGGGAUGGGGAAAGGCAUCGUAGUCAUAAAAGAAGAAAGGAAAAAAUGUAAAUAGUUCUGGUGACUGAAAUCAAAGCACCAGUGUUUUAAUUACCGUCUUUGCGUAGGGAGUGUGGCUCGGCUCGUUCAUUGCUCGUGGUUUUUCAGUAAAUACUCGCACAUCAACCCGUGAGGCACGGCUACCCUGCAGCCUUGUUUUCCGCACAUUGCAGGAGGUGCUUGGUAAUAGUGACUUACGAGGUCAGUACUUGAGAUACGAACGUUAUGCGUACUGUACCUGCCAGUGACUAAGCCCACCCCAGAGGUCACUCUACCACUGCCCUGGUUAGGACAGGGGAAAUGGCCUGGCUGAGUGAACUGUGGUGUCGUCUCAGGGUAGGUUACAAGCAGUAACUUUGAUCGUGUUAAUACAGUAUUGACAUGGGGAGAUCUGAGAAACGUACUGCUAAGGGAAAAUUAGUAGUUGUAGGAAGAUACGUGUAUAUAUAGCUCUGUGUGUAAAAAACACUACUGUGCAUUUCCUAAGGGUCUAUAUGAUAUCCUUCUAGGCGGGGGGACAGAGUCUCCUCUAGCCCAAGCUGUCCUGAACUCACUCUUGAAGUUCACCUACCGUAGCCUCCCAGGUACCAAGACUGUAGGUGUGAGCCAACAUGCCUGCCUUUGAGUGUAUGUGAACAAGUUUGUAAAACUUCAGAAGAAUCAUUCCAGACUCCCAAGUGAUGUAAGAGAUGAGGGUGGAAGUCAGGCUUGGGAGGGUGAUUAAAGGAAACUUGAGCUUUGCCCAAAAUAUGCAGUGUAUACAUAAAUAUAUAUAUAUAUAUAUUUUAAAUAUUCAUGUUUUACUUGAUAAUUUAGAAUGUGCUAUCAUUUUGUGUCCUAUGGAUUGUUUUAUUGAGGUACUAUGCACAUAUAUUAAAAUGUAACCAUUUUAAGUACACACUGCCUUGAAUUUUGAUUAAUUCAUACCCCUACAUAACUACCACCACAAGAUACAGAAUAUUCUCUUGUCUCCCACAGGCCCCUGUACCCUUCCCAACCAUUUCUGUACCCUUAGCUCUCGGUGCAGCCAAAGAUCUGCAUUUUUAAAAAUUUGUCAUAUUUAUUAAAGACAAUCAUUCGUUGUUAAUAAAAAAAGUGCCCCAGUACACAAAAAUGUCCUGGUCGUCGUAACUUAAAACCACUGCUUCCA